UGUUGUUGCUUUACGAUUUCUCCAUUCUAUGUCUGGUGUCACUUGCUUUUUGCAUUUGUCUUUUUUUCCCUUUACGAAAUGACUUGAUUCGAUCCGCUUCGGUGCGAUAAUGGUGCUUGUUUUUUUUUCUUUAUUUCUGUGUUUGUUGGUCGACGGGGGCGCUAUUUUUCAGUUCCUAUCAGUUUUUACGAGUGGUUUUUUCUCACGAUUUCCCGGUUACUUUUUCGUAUACACAAUUGCUUUCUUUGGAAUCGGUUUUUUCUCUUUUACGUCUAGCUUUUUUUCAUGCAUUUGGUGAUCUUGCUUGCUUAGAAAUACAUAUCAAUAUUUAAUAUGAUUAC